AUGGGAAAACAGAAGACAGUCACGACGGGAAAGCCGCCGGGACGUCCUCGCGGUGGCGCCAGAGGUGGUAGCCGUGGUGGCGGCCGACCAAAAGGCAGAGCCUCGAAGUCAGCGACACCGGCGCCAUCAGCGCCAGAAACUGUAUCCGAUAGACCGGGACCCAAGCUACUGUUCAAGUCGUCGGUGGGAAUAUUGGAUAGCCCAGCGCAAGAGCGCGACGCGACACCGGCAUAUAGCGAGAGAGACGAUCAAGACGACGACUUUUCUCAGCACUUCGUAGAGGCGGCGCCGAUCACGACUCGCACUGGACGAGCGAUUCAAAAGCCAAACCAAUACGACGCCGCUCAGGGUAGCGAGAUCGAUGCCUUCAUUGACCAGGCUGAGGAAGAUGCUAGAGACGAUGGCAGAGGAACCAUCGCGAGUGAUCCAUCGUACACUACACACAAGGCCCAAGAGCAGAUGAAGCAGCCACCAAAGGCACCAAAGCCAAGAGGCCGUCCGCCCAAGAACCGCACGCCGUUUAGCGCCGCCGCUGGGAAAUCAAUCGAACAAUAUGGGAUGUUCGCGUCCGCUGCAGUGCCUCCCCCGUUCAUAGCAGACAAAGAAAUAUACCUCAUCCUGAGCAACCUCAAGAGCAACGCCAAAAUCAGCCUCGACCUUCCCGGCCUCACCGAUGCCGCCAACCCAUAUCAGGCCCUACCCUACAGCGCCAAGACCCUCACACAACUCUACAUUGUCUGCUACCAAGAGAAGUUCUGGGACCUCUGCGACAUGGUAGCCGACACAUGGAUCCGCAAGUUCCACGACCAGCGCAAAAAAGCUCAAGAAGAUAAGAAAAAGGACGAUAAAGCAGAGGAGGAGAAAACAGAGGAAAUCUGGCUCCCGAACCGAGCGCUCAACCGCCGCAAGCGAGUCGCACAACAGGCGUGGCGGAAGGACAAGAAUAUCCCGGCGGAGUUUGAUCAGUUUCCUAGAGACUACGACUUGGAGGUCACGGAUCCUGAACUUGACAAAGAUGUUACGUCGGUCCAUACUGAUCUCCUCAACUUGCUUUACACACACACAUCACCGAGGUGUGGAGCGAGACUCCUCUGGGCCGACGCACUCGCACUGGGCGGCGACAAGACCGAGCACAUCAUUGGGAAAGUCACGCGCAAGGGCUUCCAUCUACACCCCGAGCUCCUCUUCGACAUCAUGCAAACAAGCCUCCGUAUGGUCCGACGAAACCUCACGCUGAAGAUCGAAGAGAGCACCGAGGGCGCAUGGUGCCAGCGAUACCACGAACACGGAAAGAACGGCAACGUUUGCUACCGACAGCGCGCAUCGAGGGUUGACGAGGGCCUGGAGAUGGCAAUAGAGCAGUCUAGGAACAGGGAAGAGGUUGAUGGGGAGGGCGUAGCUGAUGAUGUGGAUUUGCUAGAGGAGUUGGAGUUGGCACUGUGGGCGCAGGAGCAGGAAGAGACUCCCAGGGCUGAGAAGAGAGGGCGCGAGGAUGGUGGUGAGGUUAGCCCGAGUAAGCGGGCUAGGUUUUUGGGGGAGGAAGAGGAUGCUGAGGGGGAUUCUGAGGAGGAUUGA